AUGCCUGAAACGUGGUUUCAGGUUUUGGCGCUGAUUGCUUUCAUCUGCAUAGAGACCAUCAUGGAAUGCUCCCCUUGCGAAGGCCUUUAUUUCUUCGAGUUUGUGAGCUGUAGUGCAUUGGUGGUUACUGGAGUUCUGUUGCUUAUGUUCAGUCUAAAUCUUCACACAAGAAUACCGCAGAUCAACUGGAAUCUUACUGAUCUGGUCAACACUGGACUCAGCACUUUCUUCUUUUUCGUUGCCUCUGUAGUACUUGCUGCUUUAAACCAUAAAACUGGAGCAGAAAUUGCUGCUGUGAUAUUUGGUUUCUUGGCAAUGGCAGUGUAUGCUGUGAACACAUAUUUAGCUAUUAAAAAGUGGCGAAUGAACAGCAGACAACAAAGUAGUCGGCAGACCAGUGAUUACAUACGUGCUCGGACAGAAUCCAGAGAAGUAGAUCAUCGCCCUGAGAUUCAGCGUCUGGAUGCAUGAAACCGACAUUCAAAUGGGACUGCAAAGGGAAAGAAGUGCUUAACUCCCUCAUGGAAUAAAGGGUUUUUUCUUUAUUUAAGGAAGAAAAGGAAGAUCAGAUGGUGGCAAAGAAUUCCCAGCCCUGCAUAUGUGCAGAGAUGCAUCGAGUCAGAAGCCGUUGUCAUGAAGGCAGUGAAUGUUGGUCAUUCAAAAGCAAGAUCCGUUUAAGAUGUCCACAUAUAUAUACAUAUAUUAUAUAUCUUAUAUAAUAUAUAAUAUAUAUGUUUUGCAGUAUGUUGUUGCUUUGGAUUAACUGCACAGUACUUUCCUUCCCUCUCCCAAGUGCAAGCUCUGAAUAUACAUGUUCUGCCAUUGUUUCUUUGUCUAUCGUAAACACUAAGACCAG